AUGUUUCAAGAGCCACAUUACACCCAGACUCUCUCAAUGAGAGUAUCUGAAGUACUAGCAGAUAUAGGUGUUGAUGAGAGAAUAGUGCUGAAGAGGAGAAGAACCUGGCUUCUGAGAGAAUCAAUGGCCAAUGUGAAUAACCAAUUAUGGAAUGACAAUUCUUAUAUAGUAUACUAUUUUGGAAGUCAAUCAGAAGGCACAACUACCAUGGGGAUGAGGUCAGAUACAGAUGAACUUUAUUGUAUAAAUAUUUUUCCUGUAAUACAAGACUGGUCUGAAUGGAUACACGGUGAACCUAAUUAUUUGAUGAUUCAAGAUAAUUCUGUAUCUCCUGGAUAUUGUUUACUUCAAUUGCUAAGACCAGAUGCUCCUCUUCCUGCUGAUAGAGAAUCUAAUCAAUACUUCUUCAGAGACAGAACAGGAAAAGUACUGCUAAAACAAUUUAUAUUCCCUGAUGAAUAUUUCCACAAAUUUUCAUUACAUGGACCAGCAAGAGUAGAACAAGGAUCACAUGGUUACUGUGAUAGAGACAUUGUGAUAGCUUUGCACUGUAAAACAUGGCCACAACAAGCUAGACAAUGGUUGGAUCAACAAGGUGAAGGUCAGUGGCCGUCUGCUGAAAUGAAACAAUAUUGCAGCAGAACUGGAUGCUUUGUUGUUCCUGUUGGAUGUAGAGGGAGUGAACAUGAGCAACUUGAAUGGAGAAUAUCAACAUCUUUAGCUGAAAGGUGUUUAAUGUUAAACCUGAAUAUUACACAGAUUCGCUGUUAUGUCUUGAUGAAAAUGGUUAUAAAAUCAUUUAUUGAUCCACAGUUUGAAGAUGUGAUUUCCAGUUACAUGUGUAAAACUGUACUCUUCCAUUGUAUUGCCAAUUCACAUUUUAACAUCUGGAGAGAAAACAAUUUACUUUCUUGUCUAUUACUGUGUUUAUAUAACCUGCAUUACAGUAUCAUUAAUGAAAACUGUCCACAUUUUAUCAUACCUAAGAACAAUUUGAUGAGGGGUAAAAUAACAUCUGUAGAAAAAACAAAUAUCCUGGAUAUACUCAACAACAUUAUCAACAGUGCAGGAGUGGCACUACUUUGUAUCAAAUGUGAUGGUCUUGGUUUCAGGCUUCAUUUCAAGUUUUAUAACUUAAGUCUAGUCAAAGCAAGUAAAUACAUUUCAGGACAUCUAUUAUAUGACAUUGCUAUAUCGUGUUCAGGGGCGUCAUUGAUAAGUAGUUAUUCUCUUAAGAACAAAAGACCUAAUGAAGCUGUACAAAAAUUGACAACCUGUUUAUCUAAGAUAUCCAAUAUUCAAUAUGACGGACUGUAUAAAACAGCGUGUCAACUUCUGGCACCAAGGUAUUGUACAACACUUGGAUCUGUGCUGGCCUCCAUCAACAUAGAUCAGCACAACAUUGUUUCAGCUAAUGCUUUUGAACUCAUCUUACUUGGUUGGUUUACAGAUGCUGCAUCAAGUAAACUGAAAUUAGCUUCAAUCUUAUUUUGUGCAAAAGAAAUACAAAAAGCUGACCUAGCUCUCAGUAUCAUUGAAAAAUACUAUGAUCUGCAAGUUGUUGAACCAGUCUGUGGUUGUUAUGACUUUGAAACAGAAGCACUAAAACAAGAAUUCUUUGCAACAUGUGACAGUCGUAAUGUAGAUACCAUACAUGAUGACAUGGUAUCAUGUGUCACAUUUCUGCCAUGUGAAAUUCACUGUGUACCAACUGAACUCAGAUAUGAAAUGAUAAGAUCUUCACCGGGGGACAGAAUAUUCCUUACACAAGAAGACGACUGGAUGGAUAAUGCUGUGGUGGAUUCUCUCCCUUACCUCUACUUUCUACAAUACAAGGUUUACAGCCAUCUUGGUAGAAAUAAUGAAAAACAAUCUGCUCUCUCAAAACUUCACAGAACCAUAAUAACCGAGCCAAACCUUGGACACCGUGAAACAGCUUUUAAUAUUCUCGGAAAAUGUAUGGAACAAGAAGUACAGGAUAUUAAAUGA